UUGACCCGGUAUAUUUUUGUCACAGGAGGUCUGGUCUGGUUUAAAAGUAGGCUACGAUAAAAAAUGGCAGCGUAUUCAAGUGUGAAGUCUACAAAGCUAGUUUUAAAGGGGAUGAAAGAUAAAAGUAAAAAGAAGAAGAACAAAGAUAAAAAGCGGAAAAGAGAUGACGAUAAGGAGAAAGAAGAUGUUGUCGGAGGAUGGUGGGCUGUCCACAGCAUUGGGGAGAUCACGGGCACAGUUGCCAUAGAAAUGCAGAGCAAUGCAUAUGUGCAUGCCCUUGACACUGGACUCUUCACCAUGGGAGCACCUCACACAGGAGAGGAUGAGGGUCCUGACCCACCAGAGCAGUUUACAGCCAUUAAAGUGUCGGACAGCAGGAUAGCUCUGAAGUCUGGCUAUGGGAAGUAUCUUGGAGUGAACUCUGAUGGUGUGGUGGUGGGUCGUUCCGACGCCAUUGGCUCUCGGGAACAGUGGGAGCCUGUGUUUGAGGAAGGUAAAAUGGCUCUGAUGGCAGCCAACAGCUGUUUCAUCUCCUACAGCGAGAGUGGAGACAUCGUAGCUCACAGUAAGACAGCCGGCGAGGAGGAAAUGGUCAAGAUUCGCUCCUGCGUAGAGAGGGAGGUCAAGCGGAAAGACGACAUCGCCGACGAAGACCGGGGCAACGUCAAGAACUGUGAGCUCAACUACGUAAAGAAAUUCCAGAGUUUCCAGGACCGCAAGCUCAGAGUGAAUGAGGAGGACAGCGGUAACCUGAAGAGAGCCAGAACUGAUGGCAAGUUCCAUGAGGCCCUGCUAGACAGGAGAUCCAAGAUGAAGGCUGACCGAUAUUGCAAAUAAAAGAAAAAAGAAGAGAGCAUUGGUGAAUUGAAUCCAUAUUGUUUUAAAUGUAUAUCUGGAGAACUUUUUCUUUUUUUUUACUGAAAACUGAAUUUCUUUUAAUGUCUUUUAUUAAACACUUUGGACAUAUUG